AUGAGCAGCGCAGUGACUGUGAACGUGCCUUGCUCCGACCUCGUGGGUGCCAGUGACCCGGCAGCACAAACGACGCCUUCUUCUCUUUCUUUGUCUGCUCAACGGGCCCAAGUUAAACCACCGGCAAUCCCUGUUAGGUCCCCUUUGAGGCCACCACCACCACCAAAGUCUCGUUCUUCACAAUCAAGCUCUGGCACAAAUUCAAGAUCCAGCAGGGCAACUUUAGACACUCCGCCUCUCUCAGGCAUCGACCACACACUCAUCGUGGACCCAUCCACAGACGGCCUGGGCCAAAUGCACGACCAGGACUCUGAUUUUCCUUCGCUGAAUGACAUUCUGAACGCCGUCAAUGCCGUCUCCCCAGACCAGGAUUUCCCAAAGUCCCUUGCUGUCCGCCCAGAUUCACCCAUCGUGGCCCCCUUGGACGGCCGAUCGAGGGUCCCCCGCAAGAGCGAGUCUUCCGGAUCGUCGUCGUUGGGCCCACCUCAACCGUCGGCCACCGCUCAACCCAUGACAAAACGCCAACAUGCCCUCCACGAACUGCUCUCCUCUGAACGGGCCUAUGCCUCGGACCUUGCCCUCAUUCGAGAAGUUCAUAUUCCUUUGGCGUUGGGCCAGACAGUGCCGCUCCAGAACCUCCCUAUCUCCCCGCCGAACUCCUCCGCCUCAUCAUCGCGCACAUUAUCGACAGCAUCGGACUCGUCGACGGCUUCGCUAGGCCCGCCCAUGACGCAAGACGAUGCCAGAAUUAUCUUCAGCAAUAUCUCCGAACUCGCACUGUUCUCCGACAUGUUCUCCGAGGAGCUUGAGAUCGCGCUCGGCGCCCUUGUCGAGGGCGGGACUGGCGAGGAUCGCGUUGGAGAGCUUUUCCUGAGGAUUAUUCCUGAACUGGAGCGACCGUAUCAAUACUACAUCACUCGACAUCCUACUGCCUUGCAGCAUUUACAGGGUUUACCACAAACGCCCGCUCUACAGGCCUAUCUCACCUACACACAAACGGUCGCCUCGUCGCUAUCCCAUGCGUGGGAUCUCGCGUCCCUACUGAUCAAACCUGUCCAACGACUGCUCAAAUACCCGCUCCUGCUAACCGCCAUCAUCGAGGAAACGCCAGACUCUCAUCCGGACAAACAGAAUCUCAAAGAUGCCCGCACACAGAUGGAGGAAGUGGCACGGAACGUCAACGAGAUUCGACGACGCGCAGAGGUCGUCAAAGACGUUCUCACCUCCAAGAAGAAGUCCGUCAAUGUUACUGUCGCCGCCACCGUUAACCUCAGCAAGAUGAAGAACCUCCGGCCUGGGAGUAAGGGUCCUCACAACGAGGAAAAUGGAGAAGCAGCCCAGGUGGAGAGGAUGAGCCAAGAGCUCAAGCGAAUCGAGCUCUUCGCCCAGCAAUUCGCGAAGAACGUGGUGGAGUGGGCACGAUCCAUGUCCAAAGUGGUCGGUGCUCUGAGAACAUGGGCAGUGAGCUUUGGAAGGGUUAUCGGAUUGAACGCCGAUCAAGGGAGCGAAGCAUUUGACGCGUUCCUCGCCGUUGUCGAGCAUCAACUCAUGCCUCUCUGCGUCGACCUCGAAGCCAUCAUCAACGAACGCCUGCUCAAGGAAAUAGCACAUCUUCUGAAAACUAUGAACCAACCGUACAAACUACUCGCCUCUAUGCAAGAACAGGAACCAUUCCAUUGGCAUCUACUCAACAUGAACGUGUCUUCCAAAAACCGCCCACCACCAGCCCUUCUUGCGGCAUCCACCAAUUAUCUGGCUUUACGAGGUCAACUUGCGCAAGACCUUCCCACCUAUCUCGCCCUACUCCACCAGGGAAUGUCGAUAUCUGUGAGAAGAUUGGCCGACAUUCAAACGAGAUUCUGGAAGGAUGUCAAAGACAGAUGGAGCGAGCUGUGGGAGAUGCUCAGGGUGGAGGGUGAAUUGAACGGAGGUCACGAAGAAACAAUCAAUGUCUGGAGGAGUCGGUGGUUAGACGUCGACGAGGUGGUUUCUGCCCUCAACAUCAAUCAAACGAAGAAGAUCUACCAGGAGCCAGAACACGCUCGACCUUCGACGAACAAUCUUCAUUCCAUGCUUUCCAGUCUUGAGCCAGGCCACACUCCACAGAAGAGAUCUUCCGGUAGCAGACACACCCCCAACGAUCCCUCCAUAUCCUCUUCUUCCGCCUCCAGUUACGUCUCAGUACCCUAUCCGCUGCAACCAGGUCAUCGUACCCGUGGUCGACCAUCCGGCGAAGACUCCCACCGCUCCCGCUCCCUUUCUCGCCGAAGCUCGAAUGAUAGUCUCUUCUCCAAACCCCGUUCAUCAAAAGGAAAAUCUCCUCGUCGCAAGAGUGACAGGGAUGAGCUUGUGCAAGCACAGAAUUUCUAUCAGCCAGUGCCACAUCCCUACGCCUACAAUCAACACGGCGGUACCGCAAUUCCGAGGCGGAAGAGCAUGCCUCUCCCUUCGGAUUCCUUCGCCAGCCGCAACUAUAACGCUACUCGAAGGAACACUUCUCCACCACGCGGCGAGGUUUAUGGGAUUUACGAAGACGACGAUGUUUCUUAUUACGCGUCACAGAUCUACCAUCCAUAUUCAGCGCCCGUCGAUCCUCCACCGGACUCUCACCACCGAGAGGCUCGGGAAAGGGAACGGCUGGGGAAGAUCUCCAGGAACAACAGCUCGAAGAAGGCGACGACGACGGGGAUGAAAGAGUCCAAGGAAAGCUCUAAACAGAAGGGGACACAGAACCGACAGCGGUCGAGUUCUGUCACCUCGUUCUUCAAAGCCGACAGGGCGAACCGGGACGCAGUUCAAGAGCCAAUGCCCCAUGACGCGGACAUGCGCCAUCUCUCGCCUGGGAAUAGGGACAGCUGGGUCGGGAAACCGGCCAAAUAUAUUUGUCGCGUCAUUCAUCCAUGCAAACCUCCGGCCUCUGUUUAUUAUUUCAGCUUCCCCUUCUUCACACUCUAUGACGGAGAUCUUUAUGAAGUUCUUCAGGAGGCGGGACAUCCCAGCAUUCAUCCCAAACUCCCUCUCUACGUCGACGACGGCGAAGAUUGUCUGCUGUUGUGCAGAAAUGGGAACGGGACAGUCGGAUGGGCCCUAGCUAGCUUCCUUGAGCCCAUCAAUUUACCCACUUAG